AUGGGUGGGACAGAAGAGUCAGAGAAGAAACAUGAUAGCGAAGAGGAGCACAAGGAAAAACAUAACAAGGAGGAUGAGAAUGACCACCAGCAGGAUGAGGAGGGAAAGAAGAAAAAGAAGAAGAAAGACAAAGAAGGUAAAGAUAAGGAUAAGGAAGAAGAUGGUGAUGGGCACGAAGAGAAGAAGAAGAAGAAUCCUGAAGAUAAGAAGGAUUCUUCGAAGCUCAAGGCCAAGCUCCAAAAAAUAGAGACCAAGAUGCAGGAACUGGCCCUCAAGAAGGAAGAGAUCCUCAAGCUUAUCCAUGAAGCUGAAACUAACCCUAAUCCUGCACCCCCAACCGAGGAUCACUAA